AUGAAUCAAGAAACGUGUGUGACAAAAUGCCAGAAAGUUAAGAAUUUAAACUAUGUUUCAGCUGGAUCACUUGCUUCUUUGCGAAAUAAAAAGGUAUCAAAACACAAGCACAAACAGAACUCUGAGUGUAUUUCAGCCGUUCAAGUUAUGAAGUCAAAUGAAAAGUAUCACAAGAACAAAUUGAACUCGAACUACAGUCUAAAUGAAUCUCAAGUGUCGGAACAAGUGCAACAGGUGUCUUUGAAGUCUACAUUUCCUACAGUACAUGAGAAAGUGCAACAACUGUCGUCGAAUUCUACCACUCCCGUAUCACAAGUAGCACAUGAACAAGUGCAACAACAAUCACAACUUUCUAUUACUCCUGCAUCACAGCCAGUUCAGGAACAAAUGCAGCAACGUCCACAAAAUUCUACCAAUCUUGAAGGAAAUAACCAAUCUGAGGAACAAGACCCUACUCUAAACAAGAAAAAAAGAGGUGGCACACAAAUGCAGGUUGUACAUGGACGGAGUGAGCGUAAACUAAUCCUGCUAAAUGAGUUGAACCAGCCCAUUGGUCCUACUAAAGAAGUGGAAAAAUAUGACAUUCCUGAAGUUGGAAAAGAUUGGGCUUUGGGAGCAAUUAAACUUGCUUGGAGAGAGUAUAAGUGUAGGUUGAAGAAAAUGCACUUUUAUGCCUAUGCCGAUGAUGCAACUCGAAUGGCAAAAAGGCCUAAAUUUGAGAUGUCCCACACAAAUAAAGAGAAUCGAAAAAAGUUGAGGUAUCCACACACUGUUGGCAAGACAAGUUUUGCUAUAAUUUGCGAGGAAAAAAAGAAGGAAACUCCUGAUGCCUUGUCAAGUAAGGACUUAUUUGUGGCUACUAGAAAAAGGAAACCUGACCGAGUAUACAAGGACUCACAUGAAGAUACAAUUGCCAAAAUAGCUGAAAUGGAAAGGAUAGAAACUCAACAAAGUGAAGAUGUUACUCAAUUUGUUGGCGCAUUUACAACAGCUAUGGGGCAAGAUCAUCCCGAUCGAGUAAGAUUAUAUGGACGUAGAGUAACCAAGACUCUUUUGAAACAUAAACAGGGAGAUUCUGGUCCCUCUUCACAAACUGUUGAUAAUGAAAAGAUGCAGAAAAAAAUCGAGGAAAUGGAAGAGAGGAUGCAACAAAGAAUGCAAGAAAAAUUCAAUGCGCAAAAAGAUACAAUGGAAAGAGAUGUUACAGUGAAUAUCAUUGCACAACUUCAACGUCUAAAUCCAGGAUUAACACUUGAUCCUAAUAUGCUAAGAUUCACUGUUGGUUCGCCCGGAAAUAGGGCUGCUCUUCAACUAAUCAAUCAUCCAUCUGUUGGUUGUAACAAUCAAGGUUAG